AUGUCCUCCUCGCCAAGCCCGCAGCCCUCGGCGGCCACCUCGGAUCGCCUCCUGCCCGCGGCCGGCGGCGGCGGCGAGCGCCUCUUCUUGCCUGAGGGCGGAAUGAGCGAGGAGGAGAGGCUGGAGGAGGCGGAGGAGGGAGAGACUCUGAAGGCAAAAGGAGGAGGAAAGGAAGUGGAGGAAGAGACCGAAAAAUUGCCUCCCCAGCUGACGGACCCGAGCACAGCUUCUAGGGGAUUGGAGGGAGGAUCCAAAAAUGAUAUAUCUCCUUUCAGCAAUUUCAUUUCAACUAUCAGCCAGACGAAAGAAGAUACUGGUAAUGAAAAUCCAUCUACACAAUUUGUUAUUGAAGAUAUUAAAAAUGUUACAGUUUACGAGUUUAAAACAUUUAAUUCUGAAUCAGCAAAAGAGCUUCCAUCUCUUGGCCAUGAUGUUAGACAAAAGCAGCGCACAUCUGUGGAUGUACUUCCUGCAGAAAUGAAGGUUUCUGUCCCUCCAGAAACUCCUCUUCCCAUCCAAACAAAAACUGUGAAUGACUUCCGGGAAGAUAUGGAAAAAGCUAAGCUGACAGGAGACUGGAAGGCAGUGUAUGAAUUUUACUCAAGAACAUUUAAUUCUUUUCAAGAUGUCAAUACUGCAUUUAAGAAAUACACAGAUGCUUCUUUCAAUUCCAUUGAAGACUGUGGAGUGGAUUUUGAAUUUGUGAAUGUAGUAUAUGACACCUUACCAAGUGCUCCUCAGGAUAUCCAGAAGUGUGUCUUAAAAGGAAUAAUUAACGUCUUAUUACAGGAAUGGAAAGGGUCUGAAAUCUCUUUUGAGAUGAUCAUAAGCCAGGGAACCACACAACUUGCUUUGGACUUAUUUCUGAGGCACCCACGAACAAAAGAUGAUCUUAGAGCGUAUUUUGUGCUUUUGCAGAAUCCUCUGUUUAGUAACACAUCAACAUAUGUCAUUUAUGCUCACUUGCUAAGACAGAUCGCUGCUUUAACAGAAGGCGACCAUCACUUCCUGGUUCACUGGCUUAAAAAGAUGUCACAGAAGAGAUUCAAGCAAAUGAUAGACAGAAUGCUGCAGUUUAUUUCUUUACGCCUCUUUCCUGCCAAACCCGAGGAACUGCCUCUUAUUGAGAAGUGCACCUGGUGGAUUCCAUCAGCAACCAAAGUCUUGUCUUUAUUUAAUGCUUCAAAUAGUUUAGCUAUUCCUCCUAUUGUUCCAUAUAUGGAUUUCUAUAAUUCUACACUGGAUCAUAUUGAUCUCAUGGAAGAAUAUCAGAAUUGGCAAAGUUAUGGAAAUUCUAACAAGUUUUCUUUCUGUCAGUAUCCAUUCAUUAUUUCUAUAGCAGCGAAAAAAAUUAUUAUUCAGAGGGAUUCGGAACAACAAAUGAUAAAUAUUGCACGGCAAAGCCUUGUGGACAAAGUCUCUCGGAGGCAGAGACCCGAUAUGAAUAUGUUGUUCCUAAAUGUGAAAGUGAGAAGAAUGCACCUAGUUAGUGAUUCAUUGGACGAGCUGACAAGGAAGAGAGCAGAUUUGAAAAAAAAACUGAAAGUAACAUUUGUAGGAGAAGCUGGUCUUGACAUGGGUGGCCUAACCAAAGAGUGGUUUCUUCUUCUAAUUCGACAGAUUUUUCAUCCAGACUAUGGCAUGUUUACAUAUCAUAAGGACUCUCAUUGUCAUUGGUUUAGCAGCUUGAGCUGUGAUAAUUACUCUGAAUUCCGAUUGGUUGGAGCUCUUAUGGGACUUGCUGUCUAUAACAGUAUCACACUGGACAUUCGAUUUCCACUGUGCUGCUACAAAAAGCUGCUUAGUCCUCCUAUUGUACCAUGUGACCAGAGUGCACCUGUAGGAAUUUGCAGUGUAAAUAUUGAUGAUCUACGUCAGGUUAUGCCGGAACUGGCGCAUGGACUAAGUGAACUUCUGUCCUAUGAAGGGAAUGUUGAAGAAGACUUUUACUCAACCUUCCAGGUUUUUCAAGAGGAAUUUGGAGUCAUAAAAACGUACAGCCUAAAGUCCGGUGGUGAUAAAAUUUCAGUUACCAAUCAGAAUAGAAAAGAGUAUGUGCAGCUUUAUGUAGAUUUCCUUCUCAACAAAUCAAUCUACAAACAAUUUGCAGCAUUUUAUUAUGGAUUUCACAGUGUCUGUGCAUCUUAUGCAUUGAUGCUGCUUCGUCCUGAAGAGGUUGAAAUUCUAGUUUGUGGAAGUCCUGAACUGGACAUGCAUGCUCUCCAGAAGCACACACAGUACGACGGCUACCAAAAAAAUGAUCUUACUAUCCGGUAUUUCUGGGAAGUAGUACUUGAGUUUCCUCUUGAACUUCAAAAGAAGCUCUUGCAUUUUGCUACAGGAAGUGACAGAGUACCUGUAGGGGGAAUGGCUGACUUGAAUUUCAAGAUUUCGAAGAGUGAAGCAUCCACAAACUGGUUACCAAUUGCUCACACUUGCUUCAAUCAGCUCUGCCUGCCUCCUUACAAGACCAAAAAGGAGCUAAAGGAGAAGUUGACCAUUGGAAUUUCAAAUGCAGAAGGUUUUGGUUUGGAAUAAAUGGAUUAGCGAUGUGUAGCAAAUGUAGCACUUGCUUUUUUUCUGAUCGUGCCUUUAAAGCUUUUCAUUUUUCUGUCUGUUAAUACUAUGACAGUAUUGCCUAGAACUGUAUGGACUUGAUCUUUUUUAAAAAAAGAAAAAGUGCAUUGAUUUUUUUCUGUAUAUAGAAAUAUACUUACUCUUUCUUACAGAAGUUUUGUACAAUAUUCAUAAUGAAAAGCUUCCAGGGUUAUCAGGUUUGAAUCUGUAAACUGAAGCAAACUGUCUCAAUCUUCUUGCAAGGAGAGACUGUUCAGAACCAACCUGUGUCUCCUCAGGUAUCCCAGACUGUAGGCAAGAGAUACUAAGUACUCUACUAUUGAUGAUAAUUGAUUUUGCUCAUGUAUAUUCUACUGGGAAGUACAAUGUCUAAAUAAUAUAUUUCUUAAUUAGUCAAGACCAGUGAAAUAUUUCAGUGAGUGUGUGCUAUGGCAACACUCUGCCCUGAGGCAUGUGGCUGUGUUUUCAAGUUGAAGCAGAUACCAAUUUUAAAGUAGAUUAAGUAGUUUUUCUCUUGUCAUCCGCAAAAAUUAAUUGUUCAUUUAUAAGCCUGUAAAUAACUGCCUGUGGGCCUAUAUGAUUUUGAUAGUUCAAUUUACAGCUGAAGAUUUAUUUUUACAAAGUAUAGGGUUUCAGAUGUUAUAUAUUUAGCUUUUACAGAUGAACAGAUCUGAUUGUAUAGGAAUGUAAAAGCUGCUAUUUUGAAACGUAUUUGAAUUCAUGGACCAACUUUUGAGUAUUUAACUGUUUGCAUGUUUAUAAUAUCAAACUAGAAGUAAACUAGACUGUUUGGCUGUUAUUACCCUGUUUCCCUGAAAAUAAGACCUAACCUGAAAAUAAGCCCUAGUAUAGUUUUUUACG